UAUCUAUUUUUAAGAAGAAUUCUCUUACAGGAUUUCUUAGUAAAUUAUUACGAAAGCUUAACCGAAAAAAAAAAUUCCCCCAAAACAAAUAUGUUCAUAUAAAUUCUUAAGACUAGAGAACAAGACGGAGAAGAGUUUUAUAAUCUUCUUCUUGGUCUGACAUGGGAUCUGAAAUAUCUAAACAGUUGCAGAAGCGUGAAAUUGUGUCAGCGGAGGAGAAAACUCUUGCUGAUCUCUGCAAAACAUGCGGCUGGGAGUUCCCUGGUUGUGAUUAUCAUCCCUCAGAUCGAAAAAACUGGAUGGCAGGUCUCGACCCGGGAAAAGUUCACGUAAACAAGAUUAUCUGGCCUGGUACCCAUGAUUCUGCAACCAACAAGAUUGGCGUUCCACUGGUGUCUCGCCCAUUUGCUCAAUGCCAAUCUCUCUCCAUCUACGACCAGCUCGUGAGAGGAGCCAGAGUUCUUGACAUUCGAGUCCAGGAGGAUUGUCACGUGUGCCAUGGAAUCCUAAAGACAUACAGUAUCGACGUUGUGAUCAAGGACAUCAAGAAGUUCUUAUCGGAGACCAAUUCAGAGAUCAUACUUCUUGAAAUUCGGACUGAGUUUGGUCGCGAAGACCCUCCUGAGUUUGACAAGUACUUAGAGGAGCAUCUUGGCGAAUUCCUAAUUCACCAGGAUGAUCAUGUCUUUGGGAAGACAAUUGCAGAGCUGUUGCCAAAGAGGAUAUUUUGUGUUUGGAAGCCCAGAAAAUCUCCUCAGCCCAAGAAAGGAGGACCCUUGUGGAGUGCUGGGUAUUUGAAAGAUCACUGGAUAGACACUGACUUGCCAUCAACAAAGUUUGAGAGCAAUUUAAAUCAUUUGAGGGAGCAACCACCAGUUUCAUCAAGAAAAUUCUUCUACAGGGUAGAAAAUACAGUAACUCCACAAGCUGAUAACCCAGUUUUGUGGGUUAAACCAGUGACAGAGAGGAUUCGUGGGUAUGCUAGACUGUUUAUUGCUGAGUGUUUUUCAAAGGGAUGUGCUGAUCGGUUGCAGAUCUUAUCUACAGAUUUCAUCGACGAGGAUUUUGUUGAUGCUUGUAUUGGGCUUACACAUGCAAGAGUUCAAGGCAUAGUUAAAUAGGUUUAAGGGCAUAAUACCCUCUGAAUAAGGGAUAGUCCCAUGCCGAAAGGGGCAGGAGUACACGUACAAUCCUCUUAGAUUCAUAUAAUGUAUUUGUAGUUUUUGUACCCAAGAAAACUGGUCUUUCUUCAUGAUUGGCUCAAUUGUUUUUCUUGUUUGUUUCUUAAGUUCUUUCUUUCUUUCUUUCUUAGACACACAGCGUGUGGUGUAUAAUUAUUAUGGAUUUUGUGUUAUGAAAAUAUUUCUUUCAGUUUGGACAA